AUAUAUGAUGGAAUUAAAAAAUAGCCAAUUAAAAUAAAAUUAAUUCCAUGCUAUAAUAGUAGGUGCUGUUGAAUUUUGAUUAUCUGAGACCAAACCAAAAUUUGGUUGAUGCUAUUGUUCAUGAUGCAUAAUACAUUAAAAGAAAAGAGCGAUCUAAGAGUCAAAGGAGAAUUUGGGAGAAUGUGCCAUAUGAUGCUUAUGAAAAGGAAAAGAUGGCUGAUUUUAUGAAAGUAGUGACUAAAAAUAAGGUUGUCCUACCUUAGAAUUGGACUGAUAGUGAUACGUUGAAGAUGGUGUAUUGUGGUAAAUUUAAGGACAAGAAUUACUUAAAAGUUUUGUAAUCACAUUUGGCUUGGAGAGCUAUUCCAAAUAAUUUCCAGCCUACUGACAUCAACAUAGCAUUUUUAUAGAAAGGAAUAGUUUACACUUUCGGUAGAGAUAAACAACAAAGACCCAUUAUAAUUAUGAAUCUUGAAUUGGUGAAUCUGAAACAAUUCAGUGAAGAAGUCUACAUAAAUGCUUUGAGCUAUUACUUUGGUAUCAUUAAGAAACACUGUUUUAUUCCUGGAAAAGUUGAGAAUUGGGUUUUCAUUAUGGAUACUAAGAAGCUUGGACUUUCUAAGUUCCCCUUCAAGGCCAUCCAAAUAGCUACUAAGACCAUGCAGGUGAAUUUCUGUGGUUGUUUAGAUAAACUUUACUUAUUGAAUCCAUCUAGUUCAUUGAGUUUUUCGUGGAAGAUGGUUUCUGCUGUGGCUGAUGCGGAUACUAUGGAGAAAGUGUAAAUGCUUAAGCCUAAUGAGUAUGCUAAAAUUUAAGAGAGAAUUGCAGUUAAUCAAUUGGAAGAAUAAUUUGGAGGGACAUCUCCAAACCUAUCGAAAUUCUGGCCACCUAUUAAUAUUGAUAUUCCAGGGGGAUAUACAGAGGAAAUUUUGAAGGCCGUCGAAUCUAUGAAAACUGCCGAAAUUGUAAAUUCAGAAGGAAGUACCGUGCAUCAGAGGAGGAUGAAAUGAAAUUGUAAGAAUAAAUUUCUAAAGUUACAAAUUAAAAAAGA